CCUGAGUCUGACAUGUUAGAAGUUAACCUAUCAUGGAAAUGCCCUUGCAUCAGAAUUAUUUGAACUCUUUAGUCAGGUUACUCUUUAAAGGGACAUAGUCAGCAUGCACUAACUGAAGAAUAAGCCUGUAAAGCAAAAAAACAUUUUCGAGAUAGCAUGCAAAAUAUGCAUGGGUGAAAAAACAACAGUAACAGAACAGUGACAGAGGUGUAACUUCAAUAAAAAACUACAAGAAAAGGUUCUGACUUUCUACUCUUCCCUGAGUCUGUGAUGUUUUAAGUGGGUUUCGACAAAACACUGACCCCCGGUCAACUGACCCCCUACUGACCCCCUACAAAAAAUCAAUGGGAAAAUGAAUACUGCUUACUUAAGCCUCAACAUCCCUUUUAAACAGCAUUGUUCAACAGUAUUUAAGUCGAAGCACCCAUUUUAAAAAGGUUAGUUUUCGAUUAUUGUUGUGAUGGCCGAUUACUUCAUGUAAGCUAACCUUUUUAAAAUGGGUGCUUAGACUUAAAUAUUGCUGAACAAUGCUGUUUAAAAAGGGUUUUUGAGACUUAAGUCAGCAGUAUUCAUUUUCCCAUUGAUUUUAUAGGGGGUCAGUAGGGGGGUCAGUGUUUUGUCGAAACCCGUUUUAAGUAACCUAUCAUGCCCAUUUAAAGAGAUGAAUAGCCCCUUGCACCAUAUUUUAAUGCUUUAGCAAGGUUACUCUUGAAAGAGACGUAGUCAGUAUGCGAUGACUGAAGAACAAGCCUGUGAAAACAAGCUUUACUUUCAGGCAGGCUUGUUACUUCCCGUGUGUCAUCCAGCUGUAGCCAAAGUUGCUGUCCAUAUGGUGGCAAAACCUCCCAUCCUGUCCAAAACGACAGUAGAUCACGCAGACCAGAACCAGCUGCAAUGAGAAAACAUAACAAAGGCAUCACUAUAAAGCAUCUGAACAUGAAAUUCCUCCUAGGCAACAAUAUUCGUAAUGGCAAAUAUAACUUUUCAAUGCUUUCACUUUUACAUGCUCGGAAUGUUUACUUUUCUUUAGCAGUAAAGACACGAGGUGGCUAAUCACUGUUACCCUAC